AUGCUUCAAGGGAUUGGAUAUUGCCUUUACAGUGAUGGGAGAUAUAAGGCAGCAGAAGAACUGUUUUUGCGGGUACUAACGAUCCUGAAGCAGGUGCUGGGGCCGAAGCAUCCUGUCACUCUGUUUAGCUUGGCUGAGGUGGCAUCAACAUACUUGAGUCAGGGACGAUGGAAGGAUGCAGAGAAGUUGCUGGAACAAGUAAUGGAGGUAUACAAACAGGUACUGGGGCCAGAGCAUCCGAGCACUCUGUGGAGUAUGAGCUACCUAGCAACAAUAUAUGGGAAUCAGAGACGAUGGAAGGAAGCAGAGGAGCUGCUGACACAAGUAAUGGAGGUAUACAAACAGGUACUGGGGCCAGAACAUCCGAGAAUUCUGUGGAGUAUGGGCCGCCUAGCAACAAUAUAUAGGAAUCAGAGACGAUGGAAGGAAGCAGAGGAGCUAAAUGUGGAAGUGAUGAGGAUCCGGAAACAAGUGCUAGGACCAGAGCAUCCACAGACUCUGCUUAGCAUGGCCGAAUUAGCAUGGACAUACUGGGAUCUGGGAUUACAAAAGGAAGCCGAGGAACUGCAGCUUCAAGUAACAGAGAUGCAGAAAAAGGUGCUAGGGCCAGAGCAUCCGAGCACUCUGUUGAAUAUGGGCUGCCUGGCAACAACAUAUGGGAACCAGAGACGAUGGAAGGAAGCAGAGGAGCUACUUGUGGAAGUGAUGAGGAUCCAGAAACAAGUGCUAGGACCAGAGCAUCCACAGACUCUGCUUAGCAUGGCCGAAUUAGCAUUAGCAUACUGGCACCAGGGACGACAAAGGGAAGCUGAGGAGCUGGGGGUGCAGGUAACAGAGAUGCAGAAAACGGUUUUAGGGCCAGAGCAUCCACACACUCUGAUCACCAUGUUUAACUUGGCUUUCAUCUGGAAGUCCCAAGGGAAGAUUCAAGCCGUUUCGGCUCUCCCGGAACAAUGUCUUGCGAUCCAGAAGAAAGUCCUGGGACCAGGUCAUCCAGUUACCUUGGCCUCUAGCAUUCUCAAGGAGAUGACAAAAGAGGACCGCUCCUUCUCAGAUGAUCGCCCGCUGCGACCUGAUUAG